AUUUUCUUCACACUUCUGGUGUUGAUGUUGGACUCGGCGCAAUGCCAUCUGGUACUCACGUACCCCGGCUGGAGGGGCAAUAACCUCAUCCUCAACGGGUCAAUCGAGGACACCAACGGACUCGGCACAGGGCAGUCAGGCAGCGCGGAGAUCUUCCCCUAUGGGAUGCAAUGGAUCUACCCAUGUGGCGGUAUGCCCUUAACCUCCAACCGCACUCAAUGGCCAGUCGCCGGCGGCGCCGUCGCUUUCCAGCCUGGGUGGUUCACAGGCCAUCAACAUGCGCGCAUCUACGUCAAUAUGGGCUUCGGCGAUGUCCCGGAGAACUACUCGGUCCCGCUACUGCCGCCUUUCGACAUCGUGGGACCCUCGAACAAUCCGUACCCGGGCACCCUUUGCCUGCCGCAGGUUCCGGUCCCGGCGGGGCAUGUUAUCAACGCUGGUGAUCGCGCCACGAUCCAGGUCAUCGAGGCUGCUGUCCAUGGUGCGGCUAUGUAUAGUUGCGUCGAUAUCACGUUUGUUGAUUCUCUGGGUGGUGAGCAUGAGGUAAACGCCACGAAUUGUUUUAACUCGACCACGAUCACG